AUGACUGAAGCGUCUUCCAUGGAAGAUAUAUGUGUUCGGCCUUCAGUUUAUGAGACGCGAUCUACAGUAUCCAACUCUCCUCUAUCCCAUGUGCAGCUUGCUUGUACUCACAAGUAUUGUGCUUUCCCGUGGAAUAAAAAUGAGCUCUGCAUCUGGGACACAGCUAACCAACAUGCAGAGCCUAUGAUUCUUAAAGGACAUCACCAACCCAUAACUGCAGUGGCAAUAAAACAGAAUGGGGAUCAAUGGCUUGCUUGCUCUGCUUCACAAGAUUAUGUCAUUACAUGGAAUCUGAAUGACUGCACACGAAAUGUGCUUCAAGGAUUAAUACCUCAUGGACUUGUCAUUGGAACACUCAUGGGUGAUGUUCAGCAUUUAGCUUUCCACUCUAAUGAAAAGCUGGUUGUUACAUGCGCAGGAACCAGAGUAUUUAUACUUCAUUCUCAGAGAGAAGAAAUACUUGCAGAGUUGACAAUACACCAGGGACUAGUAAAUGGAGCUGAAUUUUGGCUUAACAAUUUCCUUGUGUGCAUUUCUGAAGACAGAACAUUUUCGAUAUGGGACUACCAUUCAGGACAUUUGGUUUUCCAGUCUGGAAUAAUAUCAGCUUUCCCACUUUUGAAGAUGUACAUCGAUGAAGAAAAUGAGCAGCUGGUUACAGGGUGUGCUGAUGGAAUGUUACGAGCCUUCAGUUUGGUAAAAGGUCACAAUUUUCGAUGUCUGUGUAACAUUGAUCUUCGAAAGGAGAAACUGAAAUUCUACAGGCGGUUUGAAAGGUCCGGUCAGUCAGAAAGAUCAGAGAUGGCCGGUACUAAAAGUUUGGGAAAUGAAGUGGAUUCUGGCCUUCCCAUACUUCAUAUAAUGAAAUAUAGGCAACAACUACCAGAAUUAUACAUGCCACUUCUUGGAAACCCUGCUCUUAUGUGUAUAGGAAGUUCUACUGAUAUACUUCUAACCAAUAUGGCUACAUCUGAAGUGGAAGCUGUUUUACAUUAUGAAGAUUAUGAUGACCUCAGCAUCUAUUUGGCUGGAUCAAUAUCAAUGUCAUUUAAAACUGGAAAGAAAGAUUUUUGCUUAAUUGCCUCAAUGUUUGAAAGUCACAUAUCACUUCUGGAGUUUGACACCUGUGCUUUGUGGCGAUUUCAACAGCACAAACUACUGUCCUGUGCAUUCGAGACUAAUUUGUCUAUUGUCUCCAGUAAUCCUCUGUUAUCAACAUCUCCAUUAUGUUCUCAUGUUCCUAAAAAAUCUGCCAAUGCCAAGACAAAUGUUUUGCAGACAAAAACUAAAGACCAACCACUAGUUUUUAACAACAAAAUCAAGUCAUCUGGAUACACUGCUGCGCCAAGGAUGAAAAUGUUUUCACCAAAAACCAACUUUAAAAAAAUUCAGUUUUCAGCAGUAAGGAAGGAAGUCACAAGUGAAUUUAAAAAAGAAUACCCAGUGGAUUCCGCGGCACCCAGCAAUCUACAGAGACAGAUAACUUUAUCAAACAGACCAACAUCUGUCGGUUGUAUUCAGUACUCGGGCGAUGGAAUGAAACUUGCAUGUGGAUUAUCCGAUAAGUCUCUGUUGGUAUUCAGUUCCACAUUAAAAGGAGAACCAGCAGUUUUUACAGGACAUGAUGGUGCAAUCAAUGGUUUGGGCUGGAGCUACAACAGAAAUUGGUUGGUGUCUACCUCUGAUGAUAGAACAGUGAGGAUUUGGAAUGCAAAAACUACCGCUCUAGAGCUUGUUUUGGGUAAGGAAAUGUUCUCUAGGCCUGUUCGUUUCCCCCAGUUUUACUACAUGGAUACCUUUAUUCUUUUGGCAUCUGGAGCAGAGAUUCAUCUCAUGAAAUAUCAUCUGGAUAAUUCCAAAAAUGACUUGAAACGGUAUGAACAGAAGAGUGUAUGUAAAACAGUUGAAAAGUUUCAUCUGGACUCAGUGGAGAUUACUGGCAUUUCAGCGGUGAAUGACUUCUACUCCCAUAUUGUCCUUGCGGCGGGAACUAACCAUACUGUAGAGGUUUUCGAUCUAAAUGUGGGUCGCAGAGUCACGACAAUUCCAGAUGUCCAUUCAAGAGCAGCUCAUCAGAUCUGUCAAAAUAAGGGUUCUGCUUUUAGUACCCAGCCCACUGAAGCCUAUAAUCUUUUUGUGACCAUGGCCAUUGGUGAUUCUCUAAAGUUAUGGGAUAUUAGGACAUUAAGGUGCGUACGUCAUUUUGAAGGUCAUGUGAAUCGGCACCUUCCCUGUGGUGUUGCCAUCAGUCCUUGUGGAAGAUUUAUUGCAUGUGGAUCUGAAGACAGAUGUGCCUAUAUUUAUGAAACACGAUUUAGUACAUAUUUGGAGAAACUGAAGGAACACACAGAAUCUGUCAUCAACGUAGCCUUCAGUCCAUCUACAGCACAGCUUACCACAUGUACAGUGGAUGGAACACUACAAAUGUUUUCUUCUUGA